UGUUGCAAUAAGGGUCAGCAAGUGCAGGUUUGCCCUCCUGCAGACGUGGUGCGCAGAAAGUCAAAACAGAAGCCACCCCCCAAGAAGAAGAUGACAGGCUCCCUAGAUGCCCAGUUCCCCUGCCCCUUUUGCAACCACGAGAAGUCUUGUGACAUGAAAAUGGACCAGGCCGGCAACACCGGAGUCAUCUCUUGUACCAUGUGCCUAGAGGAAUUCCAGACGCCCAUCACUUAUCUGUCAGAACCAGUGGAUGUGUACAGUGAUUAGAUAGAUGCCUGCGAAGCAGCCAAUCACUAGCAAUGCAGAGGACCCACCUUCUUGGCAGCCUCACCUGCUGGGUACCAAU